AUGGAUGGUGAGGAUGGGCUGAUCGUGGUCAAGGAGACAGGCAAGGCCAGCGGCAAGGGCAAGGGCAAGGGCAAGGGCAAGGGCAAGAGCAAGGGAUCAGCCAGCUCUACAAAGACCGACAGCCGCUCGUCGAACUCUACUGUCCACCAGAAGGUUAAGAAGCGGAAGAGAAGCUCAUCCCCAUCGGACGGCGGCAAGUCGUCCAAGCGGGCAAAGCGGGCUCAGCGGGCGUCGUCGUCGUCUUCGUCGUCGUCGUCGUCGUCAUCAUCACCAUCGUUAUCGUCGCCGCCCUCUUCGGCAUCGGCAUCGGCAUCGGCAUCUGGCUACGGUUCGUCCUCCGGCUACGGUUCGUCCUCCGACUACGAUUCGUCUGCUGGCUCUGGCUCGUCCUCGUCGGGCGCAGGGGAUCGGGUGACGGUAUACGGCGACUCGGCACCGCAUCCGAUCUCGUACUUUGAGGAUCUGGAGGGCGAGGUGAAGCCGCCGAUUCUGGCCAACAUUGCUGCCGCCAAGUACAGCCGACCGACGCUCAUUCAGCGGUCGGUCAUUCCGGUCAUGCUUGCCGGGCGUGACGUGCUUGCCUGCGCCCCGACCGGGUCGGGCAAGACGGCCGCGUUCUGCAUCCCGGUCAUCGCCAAGUUGCUGUCGAACGCGGCGCAGCGGCGGUCGAAGCGAAUCAAGAAGGCUGUGGCCGACGGCAAGACCUCGGGCAAGACGUGCUACCCGAUGGCACUGGUGGUGGCACCGACGCGCGAGCUGACGACCCAGAUUGCGAGCGAGUUUGUCAAGCUAGCUGGGCGCAAGCGGCUGCGGGUGACCGAGGGCCAUAAGCUCCGGCUGAGCGGGCCACAGCCUGUGGCGGCGGUCGACGUGGUGGUCUCGACGCCCAGGCGUGGCGCCGUCUUCCUCUCCCACCCCAACGUCGCCAUCUCGCACCUGCUCUGGUUUGUCCUCGACGAGGUCGACCGCCUCUUUGACGAAGGCUUUAUCUCGCAGAUCGACGACAUCUUUACGCUGCUCAAGCAGCACGAGCGCGCCGAAGCCGAGGCCAGCGGCGAGCACAAUGCGUCGCUGCAGCUCUCACGGGCGUUCUUCUCGGCCACCGUUCCGAGCCACGUCGAGGAGCUCUCGGGCGCGGUCUUGGUCAACGAGGUCCGAGUUGUGGUCGGCGCCCGCAUGCAGGCCAACUCGUCUGUCUCGCAAGAGCUGAUCUUUGUGGGACGCGAGGAAGGCAAGCUGCUUGCUCUGCGGCAGCUUGUGGCGCGCGGCGUCCUUCCGCCGGUCCUCAUCUUUGUGCAGUCCAAAGACCGCGCCAAGGAGCUGUACCAGGAAAUGGUGUUUGAUGACAUCAAGGUCGACGUCAUCCACUCGGACCAAACCACGCCGCAGCGCGAGGAGAUUGUGCGCGACUUUCGGCGCGGCAAGAUUUGGUUCCUCAUCACCACCGAGCUCAUGGGACGCGGCAUGGACUUUGCCGGCGUCGCCGUCGUGGUCAACUACGACUUUCCCUCGUCGACCGUUGAGUACAUCCACAGGGUCGGCCGGACCGGCCGCGCCGGCCGGACCGGCCGCGCCGUCACCUUUUUCACCGAGGUCGACAAGCCCAUGCUCCGGCCGAUCGCCACCAUUGUUCGCGCUGCCGGCGGCGACGUGCCCGACUGGAUGGUUGAGCUCGCUCGCCCGCGCCGCGACCUGCGCCGCUCGCUGAAGAAGGUCCCGCGCCGCCGCGAUGCCAUCUCCUCGGUUCCCACCGCCGCUCUCCAGGACAAGGACGCCGCGCUGGUGAGCGCUGCUCGCAAGGCCGGGCGGGUCAAGAAGCGCAGGGCCGAGCGCAAGGCCAAGCGCAAGGCCAACCGCAAGUGA